CUGAUUGAGCUCCAUUGCAGUUGAACAUUGAAGAGCACUUUCUUCGCACACUCUCUACACCGAAUCUCUUCGUGUAUUGAUAGGUCUGGAAGCUGUUAUCCAUGGAGGAUUAUCAGAAGGAGGAGCCUUUGGUGGAUAAGAUUGAGGAGAAGUCGUCGGAAGACGAGAAGGAAUAUUCAGUUAACAGCAAGGUGUACCGCCUCUUCGGAAGGGAGAAGCCUGUUCAUAGUAUUCUCGGCGGUGGAAAGCCUGCCGAUGUUUUUAUGUGGAAGAACAAGAAGGUGUCGGCAGGAGUGCUCGCAGGGGCUACGGCUGUAUGGAUUUUGUUCGAUGUCCUUGAAUACCAUCUGCUCACAUUGGUCUGCCAUAGCUUGAUCCUCAGCUUGGCGAUUUUGUUUCUAUGGUCGAGUGCUACGACGUUCAUCAACAAAUCUCCCCCACGCAUCCCGGAAGUUGUUAUUCCGGAAGACUGUGUGGUGAAAUCCGCAGCUGCUUUGAGGAAUGAAAUCAACCACGGAUUCGUAAUUCUUAGGGACAUUGCAUUAGAAAAGGAUGCAAAGAAGUUCCUCGCGGUUGUCGCGGGAUUGUGGGUGUUAUCCAUCUUGGGGACUUGGCUCGACUUCUUGACGCUUCUAUACACGAUCGCCGUGUUGCUAUUCACCGUGCCUCUAUUCUACGACAAGUAUCAGGACAAAGUCGACUCUUUUGCCGAGAAGGCAAUUACGGAGCUAAAGAAACAAUACGCUGUCAUAGACGCCAAAGUAUUGAGCAAAAUCCCGCGCGGACCUCUCAAAGAUAAAAAGCAUGAAUAGCUCGAUGAUUAAGAUUAUCGCCGUCUACUAGGAUAAAUCAAUCGAUGUUUUUCUAAGAACUUAGCUCUAUCUUCUACUACUUAUGCGAUUGUACAAAACACGUUCUAACCCGAAACACUUUCACUUCUUCGUUUAUAGUAAAACCUUAUGUU